AUGGACCAGUUACGAAAGGUCGAGACUUAUAUCUUGAAGCGGAAGACGAACUCGAACAACGCAAAUCCUUCGAUAUUUGGGGACGUCUUGUCGCCGACAAGCUUUGGAGCCCAGUACUUUGACCAGUCCAAUGCCCACCAGGUAUUAAGGAUCCACAUCGAACAGGAAGCCAGAGAUCAAAAGAAUUCGAAAAAGAUCGAGUUGAGAGAAAGAAGAUCUGUGCAUGCGAAAAUCAUUGAAGAAUCAAGCAAUCUUCAAUGUGAGUUUAUCCUGAAGUGGGUUGGCAGAGGUAGCAAUAGGACGCAACGAGAGACUCAUGUCAGCACCUGCCUGAAAUGUGUCCUCAUCAAGCAAGCUUCAAUGAUGAAGAUAGAAUGUCAUGAGUGGCCGCUCCCAUCAUCUGAAGCUGCCGCCAAAUCUGUCGUCUUUGAACUGGAUAUACCCGAUCUAUUCCGUAGCUGGAGGUCAACAACAUAUCGAAUUCUUGCCGAUGUGUUCAGUGCAAUCCCUCCUCCUAGAGUGAAACCUAGGGGCACAAUACUUACUGAAUACGAAGGCCUUGCGAGACACCUGAAAUCGAAGCCUGACAGAGUGCAGUUGGCGUCGUCCACAAAACCUCAUGUCGACACUCCGCGUCGCUCACAACUCGUUUCUAGUGCCUCGGAAGAGAGUGUAUGCCUAUCGAACGCUCUGAAUUAUUUCAUGCAAGAUGCCAAUUCUCAGCGUGCCGUGGGAGAACAUCUUGGCAAGUACAACAUCCAGGACAGGUGUACUUUGAAGCUUCCAAAAACUUGCUAUCGACCACUUCAAUAUGCUGUAUCUGAUACCACACAUACUCCCAACGAAGUCGUUGCGUUGCAAGGCGACUGUCCCGAUGGUAUGACUGUUCAUGAAUUUCAUGCGUUCGUGGCGUUGCGUUGUGGAAAUAGACUUCAAUGGAUGAAUAUUGCUCGGGAGCUUGUUUCCAGAACAUUGAAUUUUGGAUUGGAAGAAGUGUAUCUGCUUCUCCUCCAAGCUUCUUGUCAAGCUGGACCCUCUGCUCUUCAGCAGGUUUCGAGAGAUUCGCACGUUGAUUUGGAAGAGGAGGGGUUCGGCCAAGACCUACUGUCUGCCAUAGAAGCAGGAAUGGCCUCCAUUGAGAGCAAUUGGCAAGGAUGUACAGCAGCACUUUGCUUCAUCUCUUUGACAACCCGCCUUCUAUCUAUGUCGCUUUAUGAAAGUGUUCGAGUUCGCUGCCUCAAAUUCCUCCAGCAUGCUCGAAUGGUCACAGUUGGAUGGCUUCGAGAUGUCAGCAAGCUUCUUCACGAAACCGCAGACGAGGAUGACAUUGCUUAUCUCACUCUCAGAGUCCUUGAGCUGGCACUCAUCUGUCAUAGUACCUUUGAUGUCGACCCUCGUCAGCUACCAUCUCUGCUAUCGUCGACCGAGACUGUUGCGAUACUCAUUGAAGCUGCGACAACGAUCGAUGAUCGCUGGCCAGUGUCAGAAGAACCUCUGACCACAAUGACUCGAGAGCUUCUCAGGCGAUUCUCUAGGACUUCUCAUAUGAUGGAAUCAGUAUUGAAAGAGAAGAUUGUCUCGGCUCCAGAGGGCAUUAACAAAGCAGUAGGAAGGAUGUGGACUGACUACGAACCUGGAACGCCAUGGAGCGUGCUUGCUGCGCCAAAUGACCGAUGGGUAACGAGUCAAUCUGCAGCAUCGGAGCACGGCUCAUCUAUGACGAUCCAUUACGAUACAUUGUUGGGGAACCUUCUAAUCAACGGUCGUCCCUUGUCACGCCUCCCGCCCGAGUAUGAAGAGCAUCCAACCUACCGCCGCUUGUUUGGCAACAAGAUCCUUGCGGUGAUUCCAUCACGUAAGGGAUUGUAUUUCCAAACGAGGAAUACUGUCCAUGGCUUUCAAGUGCAUUUUGCUCUUGACGGUCAAGAAUUGAUUGUCAGAGCAUGCCAUGGACUUGAAAUGUACGAAGCCAUCCCUAUCCAUGCCCUUGAGGAAGAUUUCCCAAAAGCCCUCAUCAACAACUACGUCCAUUGGUGCCACAGAGGGACUAUGGAAAUUGAAUUUAGACCAUUGGAAUCAAAAUGGGUGCUCUCAGCUGACAAUUGGCGAAUUUCGAUGCCACAAGAGCCCAACGCAGGUCUUGUUUUAAGAAACCGCCGCUUGGUAGAACCUGCGAGCGAAACAGCGACGGUUGUCUGUCGAUGGCUAGCUCCGCUAGAGGUCCCUUCGAAUAUCAAUAUAUUCUACAACAGUCAGACUGAGGAGACCGAGAUUCGCUUGCCGCGAAUGAAUCUAGACUUUAUCCUACGUAAUACCGGUUUGGAAUCCAAACAAUUUAGAGGUAUGGUCGUGGAUACGAACCAGCAAAUUGGGACCUUACAUGGAUUGCUUCACAAAUUGGUCUUGAAGGAAGCCGAGGGACGCUUGCGAAACGUCAUUAUUCCCCAUGGAAGCGUGGCAUUUCAUCACCUUGAGCAGAAUAAUCAUGUUUCAGUAACCAUCUCCACUGGCUCGGACGACAAGGUAUCGUACCACCGCUUUGACAUCGAUAAAACCUUGGGACUACUCGUCGACAAUGGCAGCCUUCGAAGUCGGUUGUUCAAACUUUAUCUUCAUGCUCUCACCUCACAUUGUCUUCCUGACAGUCUGACUGGAAGGACAGGAACUGAAGAAGCGCUUCAUGGGCUGAGAUUGGCCAGUACUCGAUCUUUCCUUUCACUUGAUGCAGAACAUAUUGAUCUGCUCAAGCUGUUCGCGAAACUCACUCCGAGUCGUGAUUACUACCCUAAGAAUAAAGCAUCAAAGGAGACGGUGAAUUCUACGCAGAUGGUCUGCUGGGAAAACUUAUCCCCACUGUCUCAUCACGAGGGUUUCGUUACGGAAGCUGGCCUGAUGCUAACUCAAGCGGAAUCGUAUCGUGCGUUCCAGGCAGCGGCAAAGACUAAGUAUCACAUUGAUGCUAGAGGCGCUAUAGAGCUUCGAAAUCGAGCAUCUGUACGCAAUGCGUAUUACCGGCUCGAUACCUUUGGUGCAGAAGACUUCACAUCCAGCUAUGAUUCGAUAUACGCUGGUGCCCGCGACGCAAUUCCUAACAGUCUACGUGAGCACGAAGCAUGCUUCGUCUCUACCCUUGUAGACACAUGGAGCUGUCGGCUUGAACCACAGACGAAUCUGUUCCAGCAGCUGCUGUCAUGGGGACCGAUUUUCUAUGGACCGCAGCCGAACUUUGAUUGCAGUUUCGACAAACGUUGGCUGCAGCCUCCAGAAUAUGUUAUGCCACAGCAAUGGUUCAGUAUUCAAUCAUUCUUGUCGAACUCUGAUUCCAGCCGAGAUAAGUAUGGCAUAACGAUUCUUUUGGCCAAUCUCGCUCAUGGAAAAUGGCGCAAUGUACCCCUUAUUCACACUUUGCUGGCCUUUGCUACAGUUCCGGCUCUGCGUAAUUUACAGCCACCCCCAUACGACAAGUUUGAUUUAUCCAAAGGCUUCGAACCGGACAAAGCUAGUCUCCGAACCAUCAUCGACGAAUGCAAAGUCUCAUUCGAUGCAAGUCCUGAAAGGUUCAUUCCCCUUCUUCCUCAGGAGCACGAAGAGGAUCUCGCAUAUAGACGUGUCGCUACCUAUCAUUCCGCGACAAAACUUCAGGUCGGGAACUGCUUACAAGCCUUGAUGCAGCAGUGGCCGACGAAGAAUGUUUCCCGUCCGCGUACGGCGGACAUCAAGACUUAUCUACCUGGCCUCAAAAGCAGGUUUGGGGAGAUCCAAUCUAUGUUUGGGAUGUGGCACAGAAACCUAGAGUUUCAAACUUAUGUGCAAGACAUUCAGGAUGUGCUCGACUCGCUGCCUAGACCAGAAGAAAUGCCCGACCAUUACGCUAUACCACCCCAAGAAGAUGUCUACCAAGCCAAACGUGCUUACCUCAGAAUGGACGACCUGCUGCAAAACCCUGCUCCUCAAUUGCCUCUGCCGCAAGACGAUCUUGAAGAUUUCUUCAAAGUUACUGAUCAGAUUCAGCUAGGCGAAGCAGAAAAAGGGCCAUCAAAGUUGAAGUCCCUGCUAACGAAGCUCUCCAGAACUGCUACUGGAUAUUAUCAGAACAGCUAUGUCAAGGACAUGAGGAAUAGCCACAACGCCUUUCUCGCCACUUCGUCAACUAAACAUGAACUCACAACCGCCUCUCCUUACGCGGAGUUGAAGCAUCAUCUGGAACAAUGCCAAGAUGAUGCAGGAACAUUGUUCAAGAAAAUUACUGCGAAGUUUGUCGUUUAUGGCUCCACUACUUACGACAGUGCUCGACAAGCCUCUCUAUUGCCUCGUUUAUCGCCGAGCAUACUUCUUCGUCUCCUGGCGCGUUACAAUCCCGUCACCCUGAGUGCAGAAUGGAAACUGGCUAUCAUUCGAUACGCAUUAUCUGUCGCAUCCCUUCAGAGAGCCCAGCGAAUAGUUGCAUGCGGCAAACGAGAUGCAGAUAUCUUGACCGAGUUGACGAAUGGUGGACAUACAAAUUGGGAUCCCGAAGACUUCCCAGAAUGGCUCUUGUUAGAGCUAGAGAACAACCUGCUCAUCAGACCAGAACAAGCACAAAUUGCUCGUGAGAUGAUCGAGCCUCAAUCGGGUGCCAAUUCUAUCAUGCAGCUGAAUAUGGGACUCGGCAAGAGCUCUGUCAUCGUCCCUAUAGUCGCUGCAACACUGGCAGAUCAAUCGAAACUUGUCAGAGUCGUUGUGCUCAAAUCCCUUUCGGAGCAAAUGUUCCAGUUACUUGUCAGCAAAUUGGGCGGACUGAUCGGUCGACGAAUCUAUCGACUGCCGAUCUCGAGAUCAUUGAAACCGACUCUGCAAUCAGCCGAGUUGAUUCAGAAGACCUUCGAGGAGUGCAUGGCUUGUGGGGGUGUUCUUUUGGUGCAACCGGAAAGCAUUCUGUCCUUUGAGCUGCUGGGUAUUGAUUAUCUACUUUCCCGAGAAUUGAAUACCCCCAAGGCUGAGGCAAAUCCCUCUCCUGAGGACUCCUUGGAACUCUCUUUAGCCAACUAUGAGACGGGAAAGCUCAUGGUCAAAACUCAACAGUGGCUGUAUCAACACGCCAGAGAUGUACUGGAUGAAUCGGAUGAGAUUCUGUCGGUGAAGUACGAGUUGAUCUAUACAUUAGGGCUGCAACAGAAUGUUCAGUUCAGUCCUGAUCGCUGGGUCAUUAUCCAGCGUGUACUUGGGGUAUUGGGUGAGACUACACAAAAGAUGAUGGAAGAGUUUCCGAAGGGUCUCGAGAUCAUGACAGGUUUCGCUGGUUCUUUUCCUCGAAUCCGGAUCUUGCACGAAGAUGUUGGCAAGAUUCUCCUAUAG